GUCCCUUGGGUGGGUGAGGAGGUGGGUGAGAGCUUGCUUGUAGAAAAGUGGAAUCCAGUUGUCUGCUUUAGUGGAGUCACUGCCGGCGAGGAAUUUAGGGCUGGUUUCUGUCCUUUCAAGAGUGCUAGAGGCCAAACUUGGAAUAUAAGUUUAAGGUUCCCUAGAGAGUGAAAGAUAAGCAGCUGAGCUCCCCCGGGCCAGUCUGCAGCAGGAGCGGCCAACUCCGACCCGGGUUAAAACUCCCAGGGAGUCUUCGCUGCUCCCACAUCCACUUCCUCCACGCUCCCGUUGGGGUUCCCCCUCAGGGCUAGAGUCGCAGCGGUCCCAGCUUGUUGGGGCACUGCUUGUGAGCGCCCGCCGGUUCCUGGAAACUUGGGCGUAGUCGCUGAGCCCCGGCGCCGGCGGAGAGCUUGUGUUCGCCUUCUGCAGCCUCACCCCGAGGGGCUUCCACCAUGAUCACUGGUGUCUUCAGCGUGCGCACGUGGGCUCCGGUGGGCGUCCUGACCUCGCUGGCGUACUGCCUCCACCAGCGGCGGGUGGCCCUGGCCGAGCCGCAGCGACGGAACCGCCAGCAUCCGGUCGACCGAAGCCUGCUGGAGUUGAAAAUGGUGCAGGUCGUGUUUCGGCAUGGGGCGCGGAGUCCUCUCAAGCCUCUCCCUCAGAAGGAGCAGGUAGAGUGGAACCCUCAGCUAUUAGAAGUCCCACCCCAAACUCAGUUUGAUUACACUGUCACCAGUCUUGCUGGUGGCCCGAAACCACAUUCUCCUUUCGACUCUGAAUACUGUAAGACCAUGCUGAAGGGGGGCAUGUUUGCUGGACAGCUGACUAAUGUGGGCAUGUGGCAGAUGUUUGCCCUGGGAGAGAGGCUGAGGAAGAAGUAUGUGGAGGACAUCCCUUUUCUUUCACCCACCUUCAACCCACAGGAGGUCUUCGUUCGUUCUACUAAUAUAUAUCGGAAUCUGGAGUCUACCCGGUGUUUGCUGGCUGGGCUUUUCCAACGUCAGAAAGAAGGACCCAUCAUCAUCCACACUGAUGAAGCAAGCUCUGAAGUCUUGUACCCCAACUACCAAAACUGCCAGAGCCUGCGGGAAAGGACCAGUGGCCGGAAGCAGUCUGCCUCUUUGCAGCCAGGAAUCUCAGAGGAUUUGAAAAAGGUGAAGGAGGGGAUGGGCAUUGCCAGUAGUGAUGGAGUGGACUUCCUCAUCCUCUUUGACAACAUGGCUGCUGAGCAGGUACACAGCCUCCCGAGCUGCCCCACGCUGAAGAGAUUUGCACGGAUGAUUGAACAGAGAGCUGUGGACUCAGCCUUGUACGUCCUGCAAAGGGAAGACAGGGAAAGUCUUCAGAUGGCAGUAGGCCCAUUCCUCCACGUCCUGGAGAACAACCUGCUGAAAGUCGUGGACCCUGCCACUCCAUCUGACAAGACCAGAAAGCUGUACCUCUAUGCGGCUCAUGAUGUGACCCUCAUGCCUCUCUUAAUGGUCCUGGGGAUUUUUGACCACAAAUGGCCCCCGUUUGCUGUAGAUCUGACCAUAGAACUCUACCAGCACCGGGAAUCCAAGGAGUGGUUUGUGCAGCUCUAUUACCAUGGGAAGGAGCAAGUGCCGAGAGGUUGCCCUGACCGGCUCUGUCCGCUGGACAAGUUCUUGAACACCGUGUCAGUUUACACCUUAAGCCCAGAAGAAUACCGCACACUCUGCUCUCAAGCACAGGAGUUGGAACUUGGAAAUGGAGAGUGACUGAUUUAUACAAGUAGGGUGUGUUGACUUUUAAAUAAAAUGCCUUUACACAAUGCC